AUGAAUAUUCUUAUUUCUAAACUAAUGUGGCAGAAUGGGACCCGGAUAAACCAGUAUUUAUUCGCGAUCAUAUUAACAAUUCCCCUGCUCAACUUUGGUAUGAUACAAGGAUGGCUGUCUCCAAUGAUCUCGGUGCUCCGCUCACCGCAAGGUCCAGCACCGUACCCCUACACCAGCACCGACAUCUCCUGGGUGACAUCGGUGACUUACAUCUCAGCUAUCAUCUUCGGAGCUCCUAUGGGCUAUCUCACUGAUAGAUACGGAAGAAAGGUCAUGACCCUCAUAACUACCUUUUCAUUGAUUUUAUAUUGGCAAAUAAAAUUGCUAUGCCUUGAACCGUGGGCUCUGAUACUCGCACGUGCUAUCGCGGGUAUACCCUGCUCCGCGUGCUACAUCGUUCUACCCAUCUACUUGAAGGAAAUCAGUGAUAUAGACUUAAGAGGAGCGCUUGGAUCUCUGCUAAUAUUGAAUAGGAAUAUUGGCUAUCUCGCCAGCUAUGUAUUUGCUGAUCUACUGCAGGUGUCGACAAUGCUAUGGAUGGGUCUGCUGGUCCCGACAGUAGUUUUCUUCCUCUUGCUAAUAAUGCCGGAAACACCAGAAUUCCUAGUGAAGCAGGGUAAAGUGGAUGAAGCUAAAACGGUCCUAGCGUGGCUGCGUGGUGUGACCGUAGUAGACCAUUCUCUUGAACAGGAGAUAGACAACAUCGUAAAAGUAGAGAAACAGACCAAGGCUGAUACUAAAUCUGUCUGGAGGAUAAUCUUAAAAGACAAAGCUACUUUCAAGGCUUUCAUUAUUACCCUCGUGAUAAAAAUAACCCAACAGUUUGAUGGGUAUCUUAUCGUCCUGAUAUUUGCUGGAUUUGUCUUCGAACGAGCCUCAGAGUCCGUCACCCUGCCGGUGAGCCCGAACAAGCAAGUCAUGAUGAUCGGUGUGGUGCAGCUUCUGGGUUCUACAGUAGCUACUUGUAUUGUUGAGAAAACUGGAAGAAAGCUACUUCUGGUGACAACGUCAUUUGCAGUUGGUGUAGGUAUGUUGCUGCUUUCCGCGUGGUUUUAUCUUACCGACAUUGGCUAUUGGCUGCCAGGAUGGCUUCCAGUCUUCGCCAUGUGUCUUUGUAUCUUCGCUGAUGCAGCUGGGUUCCAGCCCAUAUCGUAUAUAAUUAUAACGGAUUUAUUCACGUUCCAAUUACGAGGCACAGUGUCGUCAUUUGCAAACAUCUGUGCAAAACUCAGCAAUUUUGUCCAGAUGAAAUGGUUCACCAAGCUCUGCGAACUAAUCAGCAUUCAUUGGACAUUUUUGUUCUUCGCUGUCGUUUGCUUUUUUGCUUGCAUUUACACGUUAAUCGCGUUCCCCGAAACAAGACAGAAGUCUGUCGAAGAUAUUUAUCAGAAAUUAAAUAAGAGCAAAAAAGAAGACAAAACCGAUAAAGAGGAAGACAGGAUAAAGGCUGUACCGUAAUGUACAAGUUACAAAGCGAUAAUAUUGGAAUGCUAUGUUUUACGAAUAGAAUGGUAUCGCAUGUAUAUUUUGUUGGAGAAUCUUAAUGGAUGUCAAUACGUUGCCACAAAUAUAUGUAUGCUAAUACCAUUAGGUACUUUUACUCGUAAUGGCUUUACCACUCUGAGCAUUUCGCAAAUCAAGACUGUAAAAAUAAUUCCUGUUAUGGAUUUUUGAAUCUCGUCAAUUUUAGUAUUAAGAAAUGCUAUUAUCUAUUAGGUUUAAUUAAAACUUAAUUAAUAAAAUAUUAUUAUAUUAAUGUUUUAAAAUGUAUUAGGUAUUGAAAUAAUACCGAUAUAUGUAAAUGACAAACGAAUAGAAAGCUUUAAAACUUUGAUUUGAAUAAUAAUUAAUGUUUUCUUAA